AUGAGAUUGCCCUUUGAACAGCUAUCAGUAGGUGGCUUGUCUCUCACAAAUCAAUUAUUAAGGUUUCAUGGUAAUUACGCGCCAUCGUGCCCAAUUGACCAGCCCUUAUCUUGCUCGAAUGAUACAAGUGUGGAAGAUUCAUGCUGCUUUGAAUAUCCUGGUGGCGUGUUUCUUCAAACUCAAUUCUGGGAUUAUAUUCCACCCCGAGGCUCAAAGUCCGACGGUUGGGACGACGAGCUUGAAAAACAUCUGGGACCCAAUACUACAUUUACCAAUCACGGCUUAUGGCCUGAUAACUGCGAUGGAGGCUAUGAACAGUUUUGUGAUGGAUCUUUAAAUAUAGAUGAUGCAUUCCACUUAUUAAGUUCUGAACAGUUUAACCGCGAUGGCAUGGAAAUUAAGGGUAAAGACCUACUUGACCAAAUGGGUAAGUUGUGGAAGAGUAAUACUGGAGACGACGAGUCAUUAUGGAUUCAUGAAUACAACAAGCAUGGUACAUGCAUUAAAACAUUGCGGCCCAACUGUUACGCGCGCUGGGAUGGGGACAAAGACGUUGAAGCCCUCGAGGAAGAAUACAAAAAGCAAGCUGUCUACGACUACUUCCGCUUAGCUAUGAAAUUAUAUCAUAGCUUAGAUACUUACAAAAUCUUGGAAGAAAACGGAAUAGUCCCAUCUUUAACCAAGACUUACUCAAGGGAUGAAAUUUCAGCUGCAUUGAAGAGUGGCUUUAAAGGAAGAUCGGUCUUCUUUAAGUGUGAUAGUCAUCAGGCGUUAAAUGAGAUUUGGUACUUUCAUUUACUUCAAGGAAGUAUUCUAGGUGAGGAAUUUGAACCAAUCGAUUCUUUCCGGUCAUAUUCAAAUUGUCCAAUUGACACAAUCCAUUUCUAUCCAAAGGGACAUACUCCAAGCAACGGGAGAAGGCCAAAUCCGGGGAAGGGUGGCACCAGGGGUAUUAUAAGGAUAAGCGGGUAUAACGGGUUUAUCAUCCGCAAUGGACACUGGAUGUCGAAAGGUACCCCGGCCAAUUUCGAUUUAAUUAAAGCACCAUUCGGCAACUAUUAUUUAAAGUCUCGUACCGGUUACUGUGGGGUAGACGGUAACAAUGCUUUGACUUGUAACAAAGGGAUUGGUAAUGCUGCUCAAUUUGAAUACGAUACUGCAAAGGGCUAUAUCGGAUAUGCUGGCGGUUAUGAAUGGCACGCCAAGGAAUAUCCUCAAGGCUAUAAACAAUCAUCCGUGUUUCCUGGUGGAACACAAGAAGAUACGGAAUACAACAUGAAACUGAAAUUUGUGAAGUUAUAA